AUGGCUGAGGGCAUCCGCCGAGGAGGCGGCAAAGCCUGGGAAGCCAGCGCACAAGGCAGCGGCGCCGGGCGGCAGAACAGGACGAAGCCAAGAAAGCGUCUGGGGAGCCGGCAGGAGCGAGCGCGCACCCCUGAGGACUCCAAGGGCUGGCUCCCGAGCGGACGCCCAGCACUAACGCGGACUGGGCGGCACCUCCUUGUGCUGGGCAGUGCCCCGCAGGGCAAAGGAUCCCAGAGUGAGGGCACUCGCCUCUCCAGACCAUGCCGUGCGCUGGGCCGCCAGGGCGCGCCGAGCGGAGCCUGCGCACAGGGGAGGCGCUCGGAGAGGCGGCGCCCUCCGCGUCCUGAACCCGCGGCCUGCUGGGCGGGGGCCGGGCCGCCGUGCCACCGGUGUGGAGCCCGUGAGCUCCGCUGCAGAGCCCCGAGUCCCUUUCCGGCCGCAGUGGGACCCACAGGCCGAGAGGGAGGCUCGGGGCAGGCGCGAGAAAGGGCGCGCUUCCUGGGCGCAGCGGGUCCCAGGGCCAGGGCCCGGGGGACCUGCGGCAGCAAACAGCGACCCCUCCUGCGGAACUGCGGGACAUGGCGUCUCCCCUGGGAUGGCCAGGCCAGUGGGUGCCUGAUCCGCCUGGGCUCCCGCGGCCUGGCCAUCCUGGCUCGCAGGCACGCGCGGGGCACCCGAGGAAACAGGUGCGACCCGGUCAGGAAGCACAAGGGGCGGCGGGGUCCUGCUCGUCCCACGGGACCCUGGUCUCAGAGGGGGGCUGCGGUCGCGGCCGGCACCGCGCAGAGGCAAAUCUGGUUGGGUCCUGAUGGCCGGUCUCGCGGUCCAGCCGAGCGCCCCUGGCUCCGCCCCGGGGCGGCUCCUGCGGGCGGGUCUCCUGAUUUCACGACGGGGCUUCUCCUGCUCCUGUCCAUCUGUGGGAUAAUUAAGAAAGACAGUCCCUUCGGCGAUCGGACUUUCCACUCGGCGAAGGCACGAAGGCUGCUCUUUCCCGAGCAAAAGGAGCCGACUGGGCGGCGCGAGGCCAACGCGACGCAGGCGCCCUUACGCCCCCCCGCGUCCCAGCGCUCACAGCCCGGCCCCACCGGCCUGGCCGCUGCCCCUUGCCAGUGGCUCUUCCCGGCGCCCGCAGCCUGCCUCCCUUCUCGGUGGACUUACUUAUUCCACACGUUCCACGAACUGGAGUGGACCAUGCGCGCUUGGCCCUUCUCGCCGAGCCUGGUGUGCUCGGGUGGAACUGCAGACCGAGAGCCCACAGGAGCAGCAGGCCUACGUUCUGACUCGGGGGAACUGUGGGAGUUGCGCCCCGCCUUCCUGACGUUACCUAAGAAAGGCGGCGUGAUGGAGAGGUGUAGUUUGAUGCCUCACUCAAUGGCCAGGGGUCUCUCGAUCCUCCAGAGUAUGGCCGGCCGCGACUCCCAGAACCCAGAACAGAGACGGCGCCGCCGAGACCAGCGCAGCCUCAGCAAGUCAGCUCAGGCCAUCAGCCGCUACUCCAGGAAGAUGAGUGAGCUCGAGGACAUGGCCGGCCCUGCUGGCUUUGUGUCGGAAAUGGAGGAAAUGAGGAGGGUGUUUUUCAGGCGACCUGGCUGCCCCCAGUUUAGCACCAGGGCCACAUCUGUAUCCCACCUGGGUUCGGCCACCGUGCUCGGCCUGCCCAGGGAGGCGUGCGUCAGCCCUGAGACCUGGAGGAUGGCGGAGGACCCACUCCUGGACAGGCGGGGCUCCAACAUGGGAGUGGACAGGCGCCUCGUUCCCUUUAGUAAGAGCGCCUGUGAGCUCAACUACCCGCGAAAGGAGUACGAAGCCCGGGCCCCGAGUCCCGUCGCCAGCGGCCUACUCACAGGCCAGAGCUUCCGGAGGAAGAGGGUGCCCUGGUACCUCUCGGUCAUCCAUGAGAAGGAACACUCCCUGCUCCUGCUGGGAGAGGAAAUUCAGCGCCUGUCUGAGCUGGAGGCACAGGUCCAGAAGAAAGACCAGGAGAUCCUGGCGCUCCAGAAGGACAAGGAGGUCCUGAAGAAGCAGCUGAAAUGCCUCCUCAGAAGCAAAGGCCAAGAGAUACCCGUGUCUGCAGCCAGGAAGGAGCGGCCCUCGGAGGCUCAGAGGCUGGGGGUGCUGGACAUCCUGAAGACCCUCUACCGGGACGAGGAGGAGCUGCAGCCCUGGGCGCAGGAGGAGCACGCCACGGAGCUGCCGCUGAUGCAGGAGGGCGAGGAGGAGGAGGAAGGGCAAGAGGGGGAGCCCCAGGGGGGCAGGAGCACCAGAGCCAGGAGCAGGAUGGGGGCCAUGCAGGAGGAGGGCACUGAGGCCGAGGAAGAGGCCGAGGAAGGAGACGAGGAGGAAGCGGAGGCGGAGGAGGAGGAGGAGGAAGAGGAGGAGGAGGACUGGGAGCUGCAGGAGGAAGACGGGGAGCCCCGCAGGAAGGCCUACUCCCUGACGGAGUCCUUCGAGGAGGAGCUGAUGGCCCAGCUGGAGGAGUACGAGCGCAUGCUCAUGGAGUUCCAGACGGAGCUGGAGGCCACCAGGACCCGGUACUCCCUCGCCACAGGAGCCAUCACGUCCUUACAGCGGCAAGUGGAGAGCCAGGAGUCCCAGCUUCGGAAGGCCGAGACGGACAACGAGGUCCUGCGGAAGGAGCUCCGGGAGCGGAAGCAGCAGCUACAGGCCAUGUCUGACAAGUUCUCCAAUCUCCGAGAAGACAGGAAGCACCAGGAGAUGAUGGGGCUCAUUGAGAAGGACAACCUUGUCCUCCGCCAGCGGGUGUCAGAGCUGGAGACAGAGCUUGCCAAACGUGACCUGGCCAUCACAGAGUUGAACACCAAGGUGGGCGAGCUGCAGGCGCAGACUGACCAGGACCAGAACCACCUGCAGCGGUGGAAACAGCUGUACGAGGAUCUACAGGGCAGGAGCGAGAUGGUCCAGCAGGCGGAGCAGGCCGCCCGCGUGGCGCUGGAGAGUGCCCAGUCCAGGCUUGAGAGACUGAGGAAUAAGAUCAUCCAAGCCACCUUCAAUGUCAGCGGGAUCAAGUCCUUGGCCACUGAGAUCACUGACAACCAGAUCCUGGAAGCUCUGCAGAGGGUCAUCUCAGAGAGGAGCGACUACUACAACCAGCUGAAGCAGAAAGGGGUCAAAGUGCCCCCCCUGCAGCAGUCAGAGAUCAUGCUCACCAAGCCCAAGAAGACCACCUCCAAAUAAGCCCAGACCU